UUUCACCAAACGUCCAGCUGAGUGUAAAAUUACCCAAAUUUCACAAGAAAACCGACGGAGAGAGAGAGAGGGAUGAGUGGGAUCUACAGAAGCAGAUCGUUGCAUCAGCUUUACAUUCUCUGGUUCUUCGUUUCAAUUUCUCUUCAAUUUAUUUCAGGCAUUUAUGGUGAUGAAUCCGGUUCGAAAAAUGACAAGAAGGCUGAUGCCCAUACUUCUUCUCAUAGCAGUACUAGCACCAAGGUUCUCAUUGUAUUAAUUGUGAUUGUGGCUUUAGGGUUGUUUUCAUUUUUCCUUUUCAAAUUUUGGCAAAAGAAAAAAAGAGAAGAGCAGUAUGCCCGCCUUUUGAAAUUGUUUGAAGAGGAUGAUGAGCUUGAGGUUGAACUUGGCCUUCGAGAUUGAUGCUUUAACCUAUUGAAGUUGAGUUCUUUAUAUUGAGGCUUAUACCGGAUUUAUUACGAGGAAGAUUUUUUUUCUCUCCAAAAGCUGUGACUAGCGUGCUUAGAUGGCCUGCAUUAAGGUUAGGUGUUUAUCAAAUACAGUGUAAUAUUUGUAACGAAUUGUCCAAAUUAAAUUUUUUUCAUGAAAAUGAAUUCUAGUAUUUAGAGAAGAGGAGGAUACUAUUUUGUAUAAGAUAAAUCAAGGAUAUCAUUUCCAGGCUGUAAAGAUGAAUUCUCCAUUGUGGUAUAAUUUGAAAGUGUGUAUGAAUUGAGUUUU